AUGGCUUCAGACCCAAACCCUGAACCCUACAGCCCCCACGUCGCCGGCAACCGCGACCGAGCAGCCACCGCCCCCGCCGCCGCCACGGCUCUCCUCCUCAAGCGCAAUCGCCACCUCUCCACCACUUCGCGCCUCCUCCUCCGCCGCCUAUGCGCCACCGAUCCCACCACAGAGCCGGCGCCCGCCUCGCCUCCGCCACCGGCUCCCGACUCGCCUCUGCCCAUGACGCCCGCGGAAGCCAAGCUCCUGGACUCGCUCCACGCGGCGAUCCUCGACCACAGCCGCGCCCACCCGUCGACGGAGCUCCCCGCCUCGCCGCCAUUCGAGCCCCUACCCGCGUUCUCUUCCACCCUCGCCGGCCUCCUCCCUUCCCCGCCCGCGCCGCACCUCGCGCUCCAGCUCCUCGGCCGCCUCCUCGCGCUCCGCCGCGGCGUCCCGUUCCCGGAGGCCCUCACGUUCUUCCACCACGUCCUCCCGUCGCUUCCCGCGGACUCGCUCCCCGCGCUCUACGCCGCUAUGAUCGACCUGCUCGCGAAGCACCACCACUUCCCGCUCGCCCGGCACCUGCUCGACGAAAUGCGCGAGCGCUCCAUCCCCGUCUCGCCGCAGGUCAUCCUCGCCAUAAUCCGCCGGUACGUCCGGGCGGGGAUGUCUGCCGAGGCCUCCGAGCUGUUCCGUCGCAUGGAGGAGUAUGGCGCCGGGGUCCCCGACCCUGCGGUGCUCGCGUCUCUCCUUGGCGCGCUGUCCAAGAAGCGCCUCGCCAGUGAGGCCCAGGCGCUGUUCGACAGCUACAAGUCGGUAUUUCCGCCUGAUGUCGUGCUCUACACGACCCUGGUGCAUGCCUGGUGUCGGGCCGGGUGUCUCGACAAGGCAGAGCGGGUGUUCGCUGAGAUGCAGCAGGCGGGGAUCAUGCCGAACGUGUACACCUACACUUCUGUGAUUGAUGCCAUGUACCGCGCGGGGCAGGUUCCCCGUGCGCAGGAGCUCCUCUGCCAAAUGAUUGACACCGGGUGUCCGCCGAACACGGCAACCUUCAAUGCCAUCAUGCGGUCUCAUGUCAAGGCCGGGCGUUCUGAGCAGGUGCUGCAGGUGCACAACCAGAUGCGGCAGCUUGGUUGUGAUCCGGACAUUAUCACAUACAAUUUCUUGAUGGAAACACAUUGCGGGAAGGGGCAGAGCAACCUUGACGCAGCGAUGAAAGUGCUCGCCAAGAUGAUUGCCAAGGGGUGUAUUCCUGACUGCCACACGUUCAAUCCCAUGCUGAAGUUGGUCCUGGGGACCGGCAAUGUAGAAGCUGCACGGAAGCUAUACGAACGGAUGCAGGAGCUGCAGUGUAAGCCGAAUGUGGUGACUUAUAAUUUGCUUAUGAAGUUGUUCAAUAAGGAGAAGUCGAUGGACAUGGUGCUGAGGAUAAAGAAGGACAUGGAUGCACAAGGUGUGGAGCCAAACGUGAACACCUACGGAGCUCUAAUCGAGUCAUUCUGUGGGAGGGGAAACUGGAGGCGCGCUCAUGCGACGCUGAGGGAAAUGGUCGAGGAGAAAUCCUUGAAACCCACGAAGCCGGUGUAUGAUAUGGUGCUGAUGCUGCUGAGGAAGGCCGGACAGCUCAGGAAGCACGAAGAGCUUGUGGAAUCAAUGGCUGACCGGGGCUUCAUCAAGCGCCCAUCAGAGGAUGCCUUGUGGAAGGCAGUAGCUGCUUCGUAA